AGUUUGAAGCUAAACCAGAACAAAAGCGACACCCCAAACCACCGCAACUCCUGUCAAAAGCAACCAAACAUCGCAAAACAUCUUCUUCUCCGAAGCGAAAUCGACCAUCAACCCAUUCUUCAAUCCCUUCUUAUGAGCCGAAAGCGCCUCACGUCAUGACCCGCGCACGGUCGACGUUUCAGAGCCGCAACCACCAGCCGCCGCCCGCCGUCGCACCAGCAGCCGCACCUGUUUCGCCACGAAUGGUGCCCGCACACACCCCCCAUCUUCAUGCGCGCAUAAUAAUAAACGAGUCUGCUGGGCAUCUCGGCCCAUCACGACUGCGCUCCAGCCCGUGUCGUCCGAAACCCGCAAAGCGCCCCACUCAUUGCUGCGCGCGCCCCCGAACGGGAGCGUGGGGAUGUCUGGCCAGGCCUGCCCCGCCGAGACAAUGCCCGACAAAAGCGUCUGUUUCAGCUUGCUGCGCGCGCCGAUCGGCGGUACCGGGGUUCCUGGGGUCAAAGCUACGGCCGGGUGCCAUGGACGGCCCCCCUGAGGAAGAGGCCGCCGCGACGGAGCUGCGGCUGAUGAGGCGGUUCGAUGGAUGAUAUUGUAAGCAUGGCGUCUGAUGAAUGGCCGUCAUGGUCGCGUGGCAAGUCCAGCCGUUGGCCGGGUCGUGCAGCCGUGAUGAAGAUGGUCGAGGACGUGGGGUCGAGGCGAACAUCGACAUCGAUAAAACGGGCGAGCUAAGAUGCAAUCUUCCCCAGCUAGGCAAGCAACUUACCUCUAACCGUCGUCCCCACCGCUACAGUGUAUGUCUUGCAGCCUUGCAGCCGGGAGAGAGACCAACAUGACCCGAGCAGA